AUGAAUAAUUUAUCGUCAUCUGUGCAUAGACUCUUAUUAAAUUUUAAAUCAAUUGUUGAAUUAGUAGUUAAUUUUCCAGGUGAUUCAUUAACAUCACAAUAUGGUGCAAUAGAACGAAUUCGAUUCGCUAUUUUAUCAAUUCUAACUCAUGGUCUUAAACAGAAUAAUACAUCAGAUAUAUAUGAACAAUUAUGGCAAUUAAUUAUUCGUUUAAAUGCAAAUUCACAUAAACAUAUUCAUUUGUUACAAGAUAUAUUUCAUAAAGAAAAUCUUCGAUUAACUGUUGAGCAAUGGAUUGAUCAAUCAGUUAUAACUCAAUGUUUAUCUCAACAAUUAUCAUGUAUUGAAAAUGAUAUGGAUUUACUUGAACAGUAUUAUUAUAGCCAUGCUUUCAUACGUAUACUACCUUACUAUCAGGCAUUUGUGAUUUGUAUACGUACGGUAGAAUCGAGUGAUCCAUCAUUACUUAUUAAUAUUGAUCCAAAAUUGUCUCUUAUUGAAUAUAUUCAUGAAAUAAUUCCAGUUAUAACCAAUGAUGACAUAUGCAGAUCAUUUGCAUCUACAAAUCUAAAUAAUAAUAAUGAAAAUAUUUAUAAACCGAAAUUAUUUUUCGACGAUAGUCAAGAAAAAUUUUUUCCACUUGCUAAACAUCGUAUUCUUCAUCGUCGUAUUCAUAGUGAUCCGAUUACUCAUAUUAAAAAAUCAUCAUCAGUUUUAAUUCCGGAUAAUUCACCUAAUGUUUCAUAUACAAACGAAGAUGGAUCAAGUGAUGAUUCAUAUAUAGAUUAUUUCUUAUCUACUGAACAAUCUUUACCAUUAGAACAUAAACGUCCUUCAAUAUCAAGUAAACUAACACUUAUCGAUGUUGAAGAAAAUCAAUUUUAUCAAUCAACAUCGAAUACAACAAAUUACGAUGCAAUAAAAACGGGACAUUUACCACAAUCAUCAUUAUUUUGGCCACGAAAAAAUCAAACGUUAGAUAAUUAUAUACAUGAAUGUGAUUCACAAACUCGAACUGAUGUUGAAAAAGAAAAUGCACAUUUUUAUUUCAGUGAAGCAAUUAUAUCAGCUAUGGAAUAUAUUAAAUUUAGUGAUAAAUGUAAAAAAUAUUUUGAUACAUCCGAUGAAAAUUUUCUUACAUUGACUCAAUUUAAUAUGUCUACUUCUGAUCCAAAUUCACAAGAUUUAUCAGCUGAAACAUUAGCAUUAGCUGUAAUGAAACCAUGGAAAAAUUAUAAAAUACCAACAGCGUUAGAUUUAUUUUGGAUGAUUCCAUAUGAAGAAGAAAUAUCCGAAGAGAUAACAUCAUCUCAAGAUAAUAGAGGAAUGGAACAAAGUUCUGAUUAUUCUUCGUCUAUAGAUAUGAGUCAACGAGUAUUACGUCGUGGUAAUAGUAAUUGGGCACCACCACGUGAACAACUUAUCUUUCAUAUUCAUCAAUCAGUAAAUCGUGAUAGUCAAUUAAAAAAACAAGGUUAUCUAUGUGCUGGUUGUGGCCGUGGUGUUGAAAAAGGUUAUGCUCAUCGAUUUCGAUAUUGUGAAUAUACAGGCAAAUAUUUUUGUCGUAGUUGUCAUUGUGAUAAAAGAUUUUAUUUACCAUCAUUUAUAAUAACAAAAUGGGAAUUUUCAAAUAAACAUAGUAUAUCAAAUUUUGCUUAUGAUUAUUUAAAUCGUAUAUUUGCCGAACCAAUAUUUAAUAUAUAUGAUCUUAAUUCAAAAUUAUAUGAAAAAAGUAAUAAAUUAAGAAUGAUGAAUCAACUUCGUUGGGCACUUUAUUUUCUAAGAAAUUAUAUAUCAACUUGCCGAUUUGCUGAAGAGAAAGGUUGUCAAAAUAUAUUACAAACAUUACCAUUUUAUAUAGCUGAAGAGCCACAUGUAUAUUCAUUGCAAGAUUUAGUUAAAACUAAAUCAGGUGAAUUACAUAAAGAAUUUGAACCAAUUGUUGUCAAUUUUCGUGAUCAUGUAUUAGCAUGUGAUUUAUGUUAUGUAAAAGGUUAUAUAUGUGAAAUAUGUAAGAAUGAAAAGAGUAUUCUCUUUCCAUUUAAUCUUCAAAACACAAGUGUCUGUCCGGUAUGUCACUCCUGUUUUCAUACACAAUGUCAUGAAGCUAAAAAAUAUGAUUGUCCAAAAUGUGAACGAGCUAAGCAUCGAAGUACAAUUACUUCAUCAAGUCGAAGUAAGACAUCGUCAAAUGAUUAA